AUGGCUAAUAACAACAAUAGUUUUGAGGGGUCUUCAUCAAGAUUUAGUAAGAGAAGUACACAAGAACUAACAAAGGUCGAGGAGAUUAAGAGAGAGAGAAGAACUAACACCAAUAUUGCAUUCUACAAGCUCUUCUCAUUUGCUGAUAAUAUUGACAAAAUAUUGAUGUUUUUUGGAACAAUAGGUGCAACAGGGAAUGGACUAUGUCAGGUUCUUGUGGCUGUAUUCUUUGGGGAUUUGGUUGACUCAUUUGGACUAAAUAGAACUUCAAAUGUGCUUCAAGAAGUUUCCAAGGUAUCAUUACGAUUGGUUUAUUUGGCCAUCGGUUCAGGUGUAGCAGCAAUGCUUCAGGUGGCUUGUUGGACGGUUACUGCAGAGCGACAAGCAGCUCGACUAAGGGUGUUGUAUUUAAAAAGUAUUCUGCGACAAGAUGUUACUUUCUUUGAUAAGGAAGUAAAUACAGGAGAAGUUAUUGGGAAAAUGUCUGGUGAUAUUUUUAUCAUACAAGAUGCUAUGGGCGAUAAGGUAGGGAAGCUCAUAAGGUGCAUAUCAAUGUUUAUAGGAGGAUUUAUUAUUGCUUUCAUCAAAGGGUGGCUUCUAGCACUUGUUAUGCUGACGCCCAUUGUUCCGCUGGUACUAGUUGUUGGUGUCAUGUUCAUCUUCAUGUCUAGACAGGCUUCACAGUCACAAAAAGCUUAUUCCGAAGCAGCCAAUGUAGUUGAGCAAACAAUUGGUUCCAUCAGAACA